AUGGAUUCCAGUAAGACUUCAGGACUCUCGUUCACAUUAUCACUUAAACUGCUUUCUACAAAUGCGUCUGCAGGAUGUUCAGAGAAACCAGCGGUCUCUUCUGCGCAAACAAUUUGGUGGAGGGACCACUACAACUUUCUCGAAGAAAAAGGCUACAAGCUUCGUAGUCGCUACAAUCCGGAUUGGCAUUAUCUUCUACUGGAUGCACGGCGCAUUCGAGACGGCGCUCGCGUAUUACUUAAAUGUAUUGAAGUGUCGCGACAUCCUCAUGAGAUAGAGAUCGGUCGCUAUUUUUGCAGCUCACCUCUCAGCGAAGAUCCAGCCAACCAUUGUGUACCAAUUUACGACGUUCUGGAGGUCCCUGGUGCCGAACAUCUUAUGAUCAUGGUCAUGCCGUUACUUCGAAAUGCUACGGAUCCCUAUUUUGACACCGUUGGCGAAGUCAUAGACUGCAUCCACCAGCUUUUUGAAGGACUGCUCUUUAUGCACAGGCACCACGUUGCUCACAGGGACUGUAUGCAACUGAAUAUACUGAUGGACGGCAGCAUGUUCAUAGAUGCGUGGCAUCCAAGCGAGCAAUACAUGUCAGAAGACCUCAAACGCGCAGCCAGGCAUCGUACGCGCACGCAGUCUCCGCCACGAUAUUACUACAUAGACUUUGGUAUUUCCCGCAAGUAUGAGGCGUCUAACACCAACCCAUUAGAAGUCCCUAUCUUCGGUGGAGAUAAAGACGUGCCCGAGUUCAAGGAAGACAAUUUUAAGCCUCGAAAUCCUUUUCCAACUGACGUUUGGUAUCUUGGACAUGCUAUCCAAGAAACGUUUCUCGAUCGCUACUCAGGUGUGGAGUUCCUUAGCGGUCUGGUAUCGGACAUGAUGCACACCGAUCCAGCACAACGUCCGAAUAUGGACGAGGUUUUUUCUCGAUUCCAGGUCCUACGCCAGGGCUUCAGCCAAUGGAAAUUGCGUUACCGGGUGGCUCAUGAGGAUGAUAACUCUCUUUUCGAUUUCCUAGUCCACUGGGCACGUCGCAUUCAGUACAUUGUACGCAGGAUCCCCCCAACGCAUACUUCACUGUCAUAGGGUGGACUUAUCUGUAACCAGUCUCCUACGAUGCACGAGUUUCCUGCCUUUAAGUCAUCACACCAAUAGAGUAGGGUGUCGCACCGACUUCGCACCGCAUGCUUGACUAUGCAGCGUCCCUUACCAACGUUAUCUGGAACUCUAGGGUCAGAGUCAUCUUGCAUCGACGACGUCAGGUGACUCGCAUAAGUCAGGAAAGCCACAUAAUCUCAACGGCGCCAUGAAGAAAAGUUCUCAUAAUUAGUGCAUAUACCGUCGCUGAUACUGAAAGCUAAGUGUUCAGUAUUCCACCUUUUGGUGUGACGGUUAUUCGCGGGUGGUCUGACCAAGUUACAUCAAGCUCACAUAUGUAUCUCUACUUCAUACUGCGGAGCAUUCCAUUGACUCUGAU